AUGUCUGAAGGAGACAAGAAUCCAGAGGUCUCCUCCUUGGGGCAACAACAGAAGGGAGAUAUGGAGCAGGACCAGUGGAAGCUGGACUACAUCAUGGAAUGUGCGAGUUCUUAUGGAACAGUAGAAGUUGAGGAACUGUUGGGAAAUGCCACAGAGAUGCCUCAGCAUGUGGAUGAAGAGAUGAUCUUCCACUUCCAGGGUCCCUCUUUUCUGUCAGAGGAGGACUUAAUGCUAAGUAAGUACACCAAAGACACCAUGCCACUACUGCAUCAAAGCAAAGGAAGAGAAAACUUUUACCCCACACAGACUUGGAAAACAAAUGAUUUGCUGCAAAAUUUCACACAGUUGCUACUUCUACAAAAACCUUGCCCAAGAGGCUGGGAGACCUUGGUAUGGAAAAGAUGGCAUAAAUAUAAAAGAGAGGAAAGAGGACAUCUGAUUGAGAUCCAAGACUUAUUUUGCCCAAGCCCGGAUACCCAGGAAGAGCCUCAACUUGUUGUAUUAGAGGGUGCUGCUGGAACUGGAAAGUCAACACUGGCCAGGCAGGUGAGGAGAGCAUGGGAAAAGGGCCAGCUCUACAGGGAUCGCUUCCAGCAUGUCUUCUACUUCAGCUGCAGAGAGCUGGCUCACUGCAAGAAGCUGAGUCUUGCUGAGCUCAUAGCAAAAGACCAGACUCUGCCUGCAGCUCCCAUCAGAGAGAUCCUGUCUCACCCUGAGAAGCUGCUCUUCAUCCUGGAUGGCAUAGAUGAGCCAGCCUGGGUCUUGGAAGAUAAGAAUCCCAAGUUCUGUCUGCACUGGAACCAGUUACAACCUGUGCACACACUGCUGGGCAGUUUGCUGGGGAAAUCUGUCCUGCCUCAGGCUUCCUUGUUGCUCACAGCUCGAACCAAAGUUCUGAAGAAGCUUAUUCCUUCCUUAAGGCAGCCACGUUGGGUGGAAAUCCUGGGUUUCUCUAAGUCUGGACGGAAGAAAUAUAUCUACAAAUAUUUCACAGAGGAAAGAGAAGCAAUGGCAGCUUUUAACUUGGUUAAAUCAAACCCGGUGCUCUCAACACUAUGUGUGGUGCCCUGGGUGUCCUGGCUGGUCUGCACCUGCCUGAAGCAGCAGAUGGAUCAAGGACAAGACCUCUCACUGACCUCACGGACCACCACAGAGCUCUGCCUGAAAUACCUUUCCCAGGCUCUCUCAGGUCGUGCCCUGGGGUACCAGCUCAGAGCACUCUGCUCACUGGCUGCUGAGGGAAUCUGCCGAAGAAGGACCCUGUUCAGUGAGAGAGAUUUUUGGAUCCAAGGACUGGCUGAUGAUGUCAUUGCCACUUUCCUGAAGAUUGGUAUCCUUCAAAAGCAUCCUGAAUCUUUGAGCUACAGCUUUGCCCACGUGUAUCUCCAGGAGUUCUUUGCAGCAAUGUCCUAUGUAUUGGAGAAUAGCGUGCUAAGACUUGGUUAUAUGAAUAUCUACAGAAUUGUGGAAGCACUAAAGGAAGUCUAUGGAAGACAUGACCUGUUUGAGGCACCCACUGUGCGCUUCCUAUUUGGUCUUUCAAGUAAAAGAGGGAUAAAAGAAAUGCAGAAUAUCUUUGUCUGCAGUUUGCCUCAGGAGACAGGGUUGUACCUACAACGGCACAUCCUAAAGGAAACCCAACACCAUCAACCAUAUGCUGUGAGUUUACUCCAUUGUCUGUAUGAGACUCAGGAUGGGGACCUCCUGACAGAUGUAAUGCACAUUUUUCAGGGAACAACGGUGCAUGCCUCAGUGGAUAUGCUACAUCCAGUGUUCCAGACAAACAUUAACCACCUGGUGGUUCAUACAGAUGUGGAACUCAUGGUGGUCACUUUCUGCAUUAAGUUCUGCCACCAUGUGAAAAGGCUUCAGCUGAACGCUUGUGGACAACAGGAACAAACACUGGCAUCCCCCAGUAUGGUUCUGUCCAGGUGGACUCCUAUCACUAAUGCCAGUUGGCAGAUUCUCUUCUCCACUCUUGAGUUCACAGGAAGUCUGAAGGUGCUCGACCUAAGUGGAAACCCAAUGAGCUACUAUGCAAUUCAGAGUCUCUGUAGGACACUAAGAUGCCCUGGAUGUCAACUAAGGACAUUGUGGCUUGUCAACUGUGGCCUCACAUCCAGCCACUGUGCGGACCUGGCCCAAGUGCUCAGUGCCAGCUCCAACCUGACUGAGCUAGACCUGCAGCUGAAUGACCUGGGAGACCAUGGUGUGAGGCAGCUGUGUAAGGGACUCAGAAGUCCUGCCUGCAAACUCAGAAUCCUAUGGCUGGACCAGGCCCCUCUCAGUGACCCAGUGAUUAUGGAGCUCAGGGCCCUGCAGGCAGAGAAUCCACAACUGCUCAUCUCCAGCACAUGGAAGCCACGUGUGAUGAGCCCUACUAAGAACCCGGAAGGAAAAGGAGUGGGUAACAGUGUGACCUCAUUCAAGCCACAGAGACCACAGUCAGGUGAGCUCUAUGGGAGUGGAAGUGGAUCCAGACAAGGGACAUUUGCAGAGGAAGGACUGGUGGAGGGAGCUUCCUACUCUCCUGCCCAGAUCACCGAAGAAGCAACAUGUGAGCUGACAGCUGAAAAAGAUUACAAACACAUGGAAUCACUGGGUACUGAAGAUGACUUCUGGGGCCCUACAGGACCUGUGGCUACAGAGGUGAUUGACAGAGAAAGGAACGUGUACAGAGUUCAGUUCCCUGUGGCUGGUUACUACCACUGUCCCAACAUAGGACUCUCCUUUGUGGUGACAAGGGCAGUGACCAUCGAGAUUGGAUUCUGUGCCUGGAGACAACACCUGGACAAGACUCCCUUGCAGGACAGUCAUAUGGUGGCUGGGCCUCUGUUUGACAUCAAGGCUGAGCAGGGAGCUGUGGCUGCUGUGCACCUCCCUCACUUUGUGGAUCUCCAAGAGAGACGGGUAGACACCACCUUGUUCCGUGUGGCCCACUUUCAAGAACAUGGGAUGGUCCUAGAAGUGCCAGCCAAAGUGGAGCAGUGCUACACAGUCUUGGAAAACCCAAGCUUCUCCCCAAUGGGAGUUCUACUGAGAAAGAUCCCUGCUGUCAGGCGGCUCAUCCGCAUCACUUCCAGUACAUUGAUCUACUAUCAACUCAAUCUCAAUGAAGUCACCCUUCAUCUCUACCUGAUACCCAACGACUGCACCAUUCAGAAGGCCAUUAAUGAAGAAGAAAUGAGUUUUCAGUUUGUCCGAAUACACAAGCCACCCCCAGUAGACUCUCUUUACAUUGGCUCACGGUACAUAGUGUCUGCUUCCAAGAACCUGGAAAUCAUUCCAAAGGAACUGGAGCUGUGCUACCGGAGCCCUGGGGAAUCCCAGCUCUUCUCUGAGAUCUAUGUUGGCCGCAUGGAUUCGGUGAUUAAAUUGCAAAUCAGAGACAAAAAGAAUAGGAAUCUCAAAUGGGAAGCCUUGCUGAAGCCAGGGGAACUCAGACCUCUACCACCCAUGAUCUCUGCAUCCAACAAAGAUGCUGCUGCCUUGCUACACUUUGUGGACCAGUAUCGAGAGCAGCUGGUGUCCCGAGUGACAUCAGUGGACCCUGUCUUGGACAAGCUUCAUAGGCUGGUGCUGAGUGAAGAGGAGUAUGAGGCAGUGCGAGCUGAAGCCACCAACCAAAACAAGAUGCGGAAACUGUUUAGCCUCAGCCGGUCCUGGACCAUGGACUGCAAAGAUAAAGUCUACCGAGCUCUGGAGGAGACUCAUCCUCACCUGAUCAGGGACCUUCUGGAAAAGUAACACAGGGUCUCUGUGCAAUUCUGACAGCAUAGUGGCUGAGUGGUCCAGGAAGGUGAGUGUCCAGACAGACUGGAUCCACAAAAUCCAGU